AUGGCAAUACUCGAGUCAGAAACUCAACCGUACUCGGCUUUGCUAUACUCGCCCAGCAAUGAGACAACACAGUCUCAACCAGCUAAAGAUCUAACGCAACAACCUCAACUGCUACAAUCACCUCAGAAUUCAGUAUCGUCACAGUCUUACGUGAGGUCUAUGCAAGAGCCAGGUCCAACACCAAAAGCACAUCCUUUACCUGCGUCUCAGCCACAGCUGAUGCCACAGCCUGUGACACAACCGGUUCAGCAGCCUGUACCGCAGCCUGCACCGCAGCCGAUACCACAGCCCUUAACACAACCGGCACAACAGCCUGUACCGCAGCCUGCGCCGCAGCCGAUACCACAGCCUUUGAUACAACCGGCAUCACAGGUUGUACCGCAGCCUGCGACGGAGCCGGCACCAAAGCUUCUCACGGGACCGACUCUACUACUACAAGCAAAUGCAUUACCACCUCAGGCACAGGCGGUAUCUCACAAUACGUUAAAUCCCAUAGCACAAGCUGCUCCACAACCUAUUCCACAGCCCGAGCUUCAGCCAGAAGUGUAUGCACCCCAGCCGCAGCCUAUUCCACAGUCUCCACCUUCGCCUCUAGCACAACCACCAGCUCAGCCUGUGCCUGGAUUUGUCGCUCAGCCCACUUUAAUACCACAAGCACCGGAGGUAACAAUUCAGCCACAACCAGUGCCACCUCAACCAUUUGAGCUACAACAGGUUGCCCCAACUCAGAGAUCAUUUCAAGAGAGUCAGUUACAUGCCCAGACAGCACUGCAGUCUCAAUCAACGCAGAUAGAAUUACCUAUACAGGGUAUACUAGGGCAGAAAUCUGCUGGCAUGCCUCAUCUACAGUUACAAAUCAAAGUGAUUCCGGGACAGCCACUUCAACAGACAGAAGCGCAGUUGCAACCGCAGGUGGCUAUGGUGCCAGAGGAGUUGGCAAGUGUAGCACCCAUGGCGCCACUACCACAAGAAGCAGCCAUGGCUCAACAAAUGUCGCCGUCACCGCAAGCGGAAAUACAAAUACCACAGCAGUUCCCAGUAGUGAUACAGCCGCCAGCACAAGCUCAGGUUCAGGGGAUGCUGGCACAACCACAGCCCAUAGCACAAACACCUGAACUACCUGAAGCAAUAUCAAAAAGGCUACCAGCUGUAGCAGAACCGAUCCCACAAGCACCAAGUUCCUUGCCACCACCACCGCCGCCACCCGUGACACCACAACCACUGUCUUCCAUCAGCUACACCCCAUCGUAUACACCAGUUCAGGUGCCUAUUUCGGUGCGUCAACCACCCAUGCCUCAACUAGUUCAAAAACCCGUCUCCGUACUCCAAGCAUCAAUGCCACAAGCACCCAAUUCCGUGCAACCAUCUACACAACAACCCAUGCCUGCACCAACUGUAUUAUUCCAAGGUCCACCGUCACCUGUAGCACCUGCACAGAUUCCAUCGGUAGCAGAACAACAGCAACAUUUCUUUCAACCUUCUGCGCAGUUCACUACAACGAACUGUCUUCCGUCUUGCCAUCAGAACUGCCAGAAAUCAUGCCCUUCCGAGGUCUGCAUCAGUGUGUGUCUCAAAGACUGUAAAAACGCUUGUGAAAAGUGCUGCUCACCUGUUUCUUGGGCUGUUCCAUCAGCACAACUCCCCGUUCUGAAGAUACCUUGUGGAAGCUCUGAAGUUGGUUGUUCGUGCAAUGAUGGCUACUUACAAUGUGAAGGAAUGUGAUGUUUAGUUAGAUAAAUUAUCUACUAUGAUAAUUCCUUCUGGUAUUUAUUUGUGGUAUUGUUAUAUCGUGAUUGUAUUGCAGUAUUAAACUUAUUG